AUGUCGGUGACACUAGAAACUACAAAAAAUUUAGAUACAAAUUUAAUCCCUCCAACAAGUAAAAAAUCAAAUAUUUUAACAAGGGGGCAAAAAAGAGCAACAGAAACCUAUGACUUUAUGUUUAAUAUUAUUGAAGAAAAAGAUUUAUUUACUCUUUUUGGCGUUGAUUGUAUGGGACCAAAUGAACAAGAGUUAAGAGUAUAUUUUAAAGUAUUUCCAAAAAAAGCAAUCGAUGUUAUCACUAAACAGGAUUUAAUAGAUUUUAUUAACAAAAACUACACAAGUGAUCAAGCUCAAUCCAUUAAUGUAGAUGAAAUUUUAGAAAAAGUAGAUCUUGACCAAAGUGGGGAAAUCGAAAUUGAAGAUUUUGUCGAAUAUAUCAAUGAUUCAAUUAUUGAAAAAUCAAAAGAUAUGGGUUUAAUUAUUGAACUUUCCAGUGAAGAAGAGGAAGUGCCAAAAAAGAAAAGAAAAACAAAUAAAAAAUCUACUCCACAAACACCACAGGUAAAAAAAACAACCUUAAAUUCAAUUAAAAAAGAAAAAUUAGGAAAAACAAAAAAACAGAAAGUACAAAAAGAAAAGAAGGUAACUCCAAUUAAAAAGACAAAAAAAACAACAAAAACAAGUAAAGUUAAAUAUAAUUUCGAAAAAUAUCAUAAUGAUACAAAUAAGGAAACAAAUAGUCAACCACUUGAAAGUGGUGGUCUUAAUAACCAAAAUGAAAAUAAAAUGUUUUUAUGGAAAUAUGAAUUUAAUAAUAAAUGGUUAAACUACACGGAUGAUGCAUCUCAGGUCGUAGAAGAUGCUUACCAAGAAUGGCUCACUAAUCCACAUAUAGACGUUAGAUCUGUACAAUCUGGACAGUGGGCAUACCAAAUUGACUUUAAACAAAUGACCCAAACAAAUAUACAACAUAUUGAUCAUACAAGCAGAAAUAUUAAAAGAACAGUGACUUUUAGAAAAAAAUAA